AUCUCAUGACGUCAAAGAGAAUGCCCCAGUUACUCUCGUUGCCAUUGGCUACUUCGGUUGCACUGAUAACGCGAUUAUCUAUAUCUACUUCAGUUUUUUUUAGCGGUUUUUACGGAGAAGCGGGAAUGUUGAGGUGAAUUAUUCUCAAACGCGCAUAGUUUUAGCUCAUGUAAAGUUCAAUUUUCAUUUUCACUUCACCUGUUAGUUGUUCGAAAUUUAGUACCGUAGUUCAGAGUGGGUGCAUGUGGUUCGACUCAUAACGUUGAAUUUUCAGAUCUAGUGUUUAUGCAAUAUGAAUCCAUCAAGUGUUCCAGUAUCUACGAAAAAAUCAAAAUACGCUUAUUUAAACAAGAAGAAUGACAUGGUGUUUUGCGAACAGGAUGUAUCGACCGAUUUGAAAAAAUUUGAUGUACUCGUCAAAGUACUAGCUUGCGGUAUAUCUAUCGCUAACGAAGAAUAUAAACCUGUAGUCGACGAUAGUAAAAUGGACACGGAGUAUAGAACUUUGGGUACAGAUAUAUCUGGUAUCGUGCAAAGUGUCGGAUCCGAGGUGAAUACUUUGCACGUUGGAGAUCGCGUAGCAGGAGUAAUUCCUGUAUCCUGCGCACAGUCCGGAUGUGGCCAGUAUGUUGUAAUUGAACAGUAUGAUUUAGUUCGUGUACCAGAAUGCAUCAAUUUUGCGGAUGCUGCUGCUUGUAUCGGAGAUUGUAUCCGGGCCUACAUUGCGCUUCAUUAUUGUUCGAAGAUAACAAAAGAUGAUAUUAUUUUGGUGUUAAAUGGUGCAUUGCCAUGCUCCAAUAUUUGUGUGCAGAUCGCGCACCACGUCGGAGCUAAAAUACUCACUACGUGUAUGUCGCCCACUGAAAAAACGUAUUUGGAAACGUUCGACGAUUGCAUCGAUGAAAUCAUCGAUUUGAGCGAAAGCACCGAUAUAGACGAUACUCUUUUCAACGAAUGUAUGAAUAAAACCGAUAAUUUAGGAGUCGACGUUGUUCUUGAUUUGGAAACUUCUAUGAAAGAGGAUAAAACACCCAAUCAAUUGAGCACCGAAACGAUUAUUUCGUGUUUGACCAUUCAUGGAAGAUGGGUUUCGUGUAAUUCUAGAUUACAACUGGAUCCUCCAGAUUCGCAGAAAUUAUUCGACCGUUGUGCUUGUAUAAGUUUUCUGUACGAACAGGCUUGGUUAAUGUCGAAAAUCGCCCAAGGCAAAUAUCAACACAUUUUGACAGACGCGAUGCAUAAAUUAAAAGAAAACAUUAUAAAGCCUUACGUGUAUCACACCGUUAAUUUCGAAUCAUUACCAGAAGUUAUUCAGCAGUUAUCAAAAAAUCAAGUUAAUCGUAUCGUAGCUAGCAUUACGCAUAAAUAAUGUUGUUACCUUUUCUCAUUUUACGUUUUGUAAAUAUUCUCAAUCAAUUUUUCUUUGUUUUCUAGUCUUUUUUUUUUUUUUUUUUUUAAUCGCUGUUUUCAAGUAUUUGUUUUUAUUAGCUUCUCAUUAAUGAUCUUGUCCGCAUAAAAUGUUUCAUUCAUGUCCUUAGAAAUCCGUAUCAUCUAGGAAUGAAUUUAAUGGUUGGUUUCGUCUUCACCGAAGUAUGAUUUUGGCGUUUAUUAUUUUCUGCUGUAUUGGUGCGCUAUAAGAUUUCAUUUACAUUCCUUCGCCGUCUUGUUCCUUUGUUUAUGCAUUUAUUAAAAUUAAAUGAAUCGUGCAAUGUUUACGUGCGAUCAGCCUUUUUAUAUUUUCUUUUCUGUUUUUUAACAAGACCUACUUGUAAGAACACUAGUAAUUUCUAGUCUUAACUAGUCGCCAAUGGUCUUAAGCAUUGUACGGUGUAAUUUUCUACAUUGUAUGUACUGCUAAGCUAAUUUACCGGAAAUUUUUAUGAAAACAAAUUUGUGAUAUUCGAGUUAUUUUUACAAUCAACUUUUCAACUGCGAUACUUUUUGUUACAAAAAAAAAAAAAAAAACUAAUACUGUGAUUAUCCUCUAUUGUAAGAUUUUCUGUAAUCGAUUCAGCAACAUUCCUUUCACACAAACGUUAGUGCUUCCUUCAAUAAAACGUGAUGUUCCCUUGAAAUUUUGGUUGAGUCUCGUCCGAGUGUUUGUUAUUUCUCGAAUAUUUUAUUGCACGUGUGUUUUUCGGUUGCGUUAUUCGUAGGUACUAUCAUUUUUUGAAAUGUUAAUUAAUGUGUAUUACUUUUUAUAUUACAGUAAAACUGAUGUGUAUGCUCAAUGUUUUCUUUAUGGAUUUAUAUCAAUAUUAUACUAUCUAUGUAUUAAUAAUAAUUACUACCUAAAAUUCUAAAAGUAUUUUUUUCCUGAGAACUCUUCAAGCGGUACAAAAUCACCUGUGGUUUUUUUGCUGAGAACAUCAAAUGUGUGUAAAAAAUUAUUAAAUUUACUCGAGCGAACCUGUUACUAAUUUUCAUUGAAUUUUUAUUAUUUCGUGAUAUUUUUUCCUAUGGUAAACAGUAUGUAAUACUGAAGAUCGGAUAUUCUAUUGAUAAGUAUACCUAUUACCUACCCAUUGUUUUAUUUUGACUUAGUAAAUGUUUUUUUCCUUC